GACCCAUGAGCCGACCGGAAAAGGAGGUGCCUAAGGCUUUAACUCUACUACCCGGGCUAACGUCAAGCUAACGUUAAAGCUUAUCUAAUUGCGCGGUCCCUAAUGUAAGAUAAUUUCAGAUAGUUUUUAGUAAUGAAUCCCCACUAAGUAAUGUUUUUGUCUGGUUGGUGGGGCAGGUUUUUCAUAGAGCCUUUUUUAGGAUUCGCACAACCUCCUCUGUGUUCGAACAAGUUAGCUUGAUUAGCUGUAUCGAUAGCUCCGCAUUUUCUUCAUAAACAAGUUGCCAUGACAGCAACUGCUGUCAUAGGAGACCAGCUGGUCUUUGAAGAAGAUUACGAUGAGAACUACUCUCCCUCUACCCAAGAAAUCCAUGAGUAUGCUAGAGAGAUUGGCAUUGACCCCAACAAUGAGCCAGAACUCCUGUGGUUGGCCCAGCAGGGCAUGCUGGCCCCACUGCCUCCAGAAUGGAAGCCAUGCCAGGAUGUGACAGGCGACAUCUAUUAUUUCAACUUCUCCACCGGCCAGUCCAUCUGGGACCACCCCUGUGACGAGCACUACCGCAGCCUGGUGAUCCAGGAGCGUGAGCGCUUGCAGCUCACAGCUGCCGCUGCAGGUAGAGCGAAGAAGGACAAGAAGCAGAAGAAAGAAAAAAAGGGAAAAAAAGAAAAGAAGAAGGAGCAGCUAAAGACUCCAUCCACGUUGACUUCACCUUUAGGUCCAAUAACAUCUCCACUUGGCAGCUUGGGGCUUCUGAGAGGUAUUGGUGCUCUGGGGCAAAACCCACUUCCUGGAUCUGCUUCACUUCUCAGGGGGUCCUGUGACAGCUCUGGGGGUCUGGAGCCUCUGAAGACAUCCCUCCCAAGUCCUCGAGGCAGAGGAGCAUCAAGUCUAGUAGGCACGAGGCAAGAGGAGAGAGUGUUGCUGGCUUUGCCUGGUUUACACGAUGAAGAUGAUGAGAAAGAAGAAGAGAAAGUAUCAGAAAGCGAGCCAAGUCCUCGUGGAUCAGACAGACUCCUGAACAACCUGCACCUGGACCUGGACACCCUUGGAGGAGGCCUUCAAUAUGAGGACAGUGAGGUCAGUGAAGCAGGUCCAGCUGAGGAGAGGACUGAACCAGAGCUCCAGGAUCUGGUUCUGUCUGGAGACCACAGCCCAGAAUCGCCAUCUCAUCAGCAGGGUCUGGAGAUCAAUGUGCUUUCUGACAUCAUCAGCCCACUGGAGAAAGACGACAGAGAGGAAGCACACAGAGAUGAAGAGAGGGGCGACGGCGGAGCGAAGACUGAGAGUCAGGUGCUGUCUCAAGAUGACAACAUUAAAGAUGACCAACUCGUGCUGCACAGGUCCAGCCCCUCGCCCCCCCUCUCCAGCACCCCCCACCAUCAGGAAGCACAAGGCUUAGUGGGGCUGCAGAGACCUGAAACCUCCAGAGGACGGCGCUCCCAGAUUUUAGACGGUCAACUUGAAGGUGAUGAACCCUCUUCAGAAAAACAAGGAGAACCUUUCGAGCCGAGAGGGAAAUUCCAGAAGGAGGAGGAGGAGGAGGAAGUCGGGGAUAGGGCUCAGCACGUGGAGAAGGAAUGUAAGAAGGAAGAAGGGGAGACGAUGAGGAAAGAGACUGAACAGGAGAUACAGAAGGAGAAGGAGUGUUUGUUAAAGAAAAAGGAGAGGAAAAUGCGUCUCCUCCAGGAACAGCUGAGGAAAGAGGAGGAGGAAGAGGAGAGGAGACUGAAAGAGGAGAGUGAAGAACGACUGAGGGUGCUGCAGCAGCAUCUGUUGUCCAAGAGGAGAGAGGAGGAGGCGCGGCUGAAAGAGGAGUCCCUCGGAUCGCUGGAGGAACUGAAAGAGUCCGUCCGAAGGGAGAGAGAGAUGCAGCAACAAAAGAUCAGGGAUGAGAUUGAGGUGAUGAUAAAGGAGCUACGGAUCACUCAGGAGGAGGAACGAGCUGCAGCACACGGCAGGCUGGAGGCACAGAUGAAGCAGGAUCUGGAACGUUUGAGGGCAGACUCAGAGGAGGAGCUGCAGGCUGAGAGGAGGAGACUUCUGAGGGAGCAGGAGGAGAAACUGAGCUGUCUGAAACAGGAGCUGGGCGAUGUGCUGCAGAAGGUACGACAGGAGGUGCAGUGUGAUCAUGAGAGGAAGCUGGAGCAGCUGAAGGAGGACCACAGCAGGGAGAUGAACAGCAUCAGAGAGAAAUAUGCGAAGGAGGAGAGUGCUUUGAGGGAGAGCCUGCUGCAUACCCUACAGGAGGACAGAGAGCUCCUCCAGGCUUCACACACAGUCCAGCUGGAGAAGCUCCGCCUACAGCUCGAUGCACAGAUGCAAAAGGCUCCGCUGGCUCACUCAGACAAGGCAGCCGAUCCGAAGACGAUGAGGAAGAUGCUCAGGGAAGAGGAGGUCGAUUUGGACGCACAGAUAGAGGCUGUACCUAGACUGGUCCAGGAGAGAGACCAGUUAAAGGAGGAGCUGAAGAGGAGGACAGAGGAGGUGGCACUAGCUCGUCAACUAACCAUCAGAGCCAGAGAGGAGAAGAAGGAGGCCAUGGAGAGGAUGAGGGAGAAGAGAGACAAAGCAAGGGUGGAGACCAGGAGAGCCAUGGAAGACAAGGAGAAACUGGAGAGAGAGGUGUUGCUGCUGAAGGAGAAAUGUGACUAUUUCAGCCAGCAAAUCAGUGAGCAGAAACGUACUGAAGGAGGAAGCUCUUCCUCCCAAACAGAGCAGAGCAGAAAGCAGCCAACAGCUCCAUCUAGUGACUGGAUAGACUCAUCGCUGCACACGGACGACCUGGACGACGCGCCUCUUUCUCCUGCCCCUGACAGCCACGGUGGCAUGGACAGGUACCGACGGUACGUCUCCUCCCACGAUGCCGCCAUCCAGAAGGCCAAACUCCUCCUGGAGUGGGAGAACAACCGGCUGAUGGAGAGACGAGCAGCUCUGAAAGCAGUUCAGAGAGGCAGCUCCCAGGACCCACACCUGACGGGGGAGACCUCGAGGACCCUCCAGCAGGAGGCCAGAGACUUGGCAGAGCUCGAGCAGACGGUUCAGAGAGGAAACUCCUUACUGCAGAAGACGGAGGAGCAUCUUCAGCAGCUGGAAAGCUCCAUGGCUGAAGAGCUGCUGUUGGAUGAUUAUUCUCAGCUGGCUGGAGAAAGGAAGGUGACCUUUGAUGUGACGGAGUCAGACGGCGGCAGCAGCAGCAACCUGGAGCCGCCUGAUGGGACAGGAAGUCCUCCCACAGUCCCAGCUAAAGUCCAGCUGCUAGCCGAGUCCCUGCAGCACAUCUCCAGCCAGCUCAACAGCGUUCUGGGUGUGCUGAGCUCUCUAACCCAGAGGGGAGGCAGCACACCAUACACCCCUCUCUCCGUUUCUCACCCCAGCCUAACCGCCACCUCUGUGCCGGCCAUUCCCCAGGAACAGAACCCGUCCCCCAUCACUGCUGCGCCUCCUCCACUCAUGAGUCUCCCGAAGCCACUCUGGAGCCAGGGGCUUCAGACUGGCUCCACAGCCGCUCCUCUCUCCGGUGAGCCGAGAGCCUCCACGGACCUCAUCAACAGCAGAUGGAGCCAGAUAUUUCCUGGAUCAGCUGCUGACCACAGCAGCACGAGGACCAGCCCCGUGUACCCAUCAUACACACCUGCCAGCGAGCACAUACGCAACCUGCGAGUGACGCAGAAAUCAGUAGAGGUGGACGGUCAGAGGCUGCAGGGGCUGAUUGACAGCAACAAGAGGUGGCUGGACCUACGCAAGAAAGACACCAGUGUACCUCUGUUCAUCCGUUACCGCCCCCUCCCCUCCCAGAGCAGCCUGGUGCAACUGGGUCUGGACGACAACAACCAGAUCCGAGUCUAUCACUACUGAGGACAGGUAACAAGGAAGCUGCCGAUGUCGGCCCUGAGCUGAAGCAGGAAGUCUGCAGUUCCCUACAAACCCAGCCGUCGUCACUCCGCUGCUCAGUUAUGUAAACGGUGCUGUGUGUUUUAUACAAUAUUUAAAUAAACCGUUUAUAUAAAUUCA